UCGUUGGCGAACAUGGCGCGGUCCGCUGAAGAAGUUGCACGAUGAACCUCUCGCCGACGGAUAACUGGCGCGCAUACACCACGGUGCUGCGAUUGCUGGCUGUGUUGUGGUUCUUGUGUGGAUGUACUGGACGUGCAACAGCAGUGGACGUCACUUCCAAGUGUUACGACGCCUGUGGUUCCCGACUGGUUCUGGAGCAAGAGGAUUUCAACAUUAUUUGCAGCGAGGAUUGCAGGCUAGAAAAGUGUCGUGAUGGUUGUGACAGGUGGCACGCCUCCAUGUCUUCUUCGUGUCAAGAAAUAUGCAACGGGACAGUUUCUUUCCAAGGGAAGGACGUCUUCUGUCUCAUGGGUUGCAACCUCGCGAUCAGUGCCUACCUCGAAAGUAUUAAAGCACAAGUUGGUGAGCCAACGGAACCGUCCCUUGUGGCCGACUCGGCUACUUACCACACGGUGACGAUCCGCUGGGUACCGUCGCCGUGGAGGAAUGUUUCAUAUCUAGUCCAAUGGAGGUACGACUCAUUACCUGGGGAUUGGGAAUACUACAAGCCUCAAUUACCUCUUCAAACAAAUACAGUACGGGUAGACGGACUGCAUCCUUACACAAAGUACAGGUUCAGAAUAGCUUGGAUACUCUUGCCGAACCAUAGUCCUCUCUUCUCCAAGCCAAGCGUUGUGAUUUCUACUCUUCCUCAUGGUGUGCCCUCCACUGCACCUCGCAUCACAAGCUUGACGGCCAUUAGCCCUAACAGUAUCGCUGUUAGUUGGGAUCCGCCGUCCUUCCCAAACGGACCCAUUUCGUCCUAUCUUUUGUACCUCGUCGAGCAUCCCAGUGGCUUCACUAUGGUUAAGGAUAUCUCUGAUGUGUCUAUGGGCUUGUACUUCAUGUUCAGCGGUCUUCGUGCUGACACACUCUAUACGGUUUCUUUGGCGACGAACAACAACAUGGGUCUUGGACCGAACACUACGAGGAACGUCACCACACCCGCUGAUGUCAACAGUACAGUGUCGCCAACUCCAGAGCCCAGCUUGAUUAUCGCCACAAAAUCUCAGGUAUUGAAGCAAGACAUCAGCAUCAUGGAUGUCCCGGCUGUGAUAUUCAGCACUGUACCGGAUUCAACGGAGAUAACAGGCGUGGCGAUGCACAUUUCUGAAGGCAUGAUCUUCAUAGCGGACUCCAAAGGAUCAGUCCGGAGCAUCCAGUUCCGAAAUACGAGAAACAUGACAACUCUUAUCGACGGCAGUCCCCACCGACCUGGCCUUCUCUCCGCAGACUGGCUGAAUCAAAAGCUGUACAUGGUGGAGGACAAUCAGAUAAGUUUAUGCGACUUUUCCGGAAAGAACUACGAAGUCGUCGUUUCGGGUUUUGAGGAGAGACCCACCGACAUGCAAGUCGAUCCGUAUAACGGGUACAUAUACUGGGUGCUGCAAAAUGCUACAGGUGGAGGACUGUAUCGUAUCGACCUCGGCAAGUUCGGAAAAGAGACGGUAGCCCGGCAUGAAGCUCAGUUGAUUGUGAAGGACGAGGACCUUCACGCGUUUACGGUCGACUACAGAAACUACCGGUUACUACUACCAAGAAAGAAGCUGAACACGAUAGUGUCGGUGUCCCUGUCCGGUACCGACGAAAGUGACAUACGGAGCAAUUCGCAGAAUCGGAAGUUUACAGACGUUAGGAGGAUGGCUUACUACAUGAACAGUCUCUUCUGGACUACUUCCUCUGAGGUCGUCCGAGAAGAGUAUCACAGAGAAGGUGACAAGUUCUACCACACUGCUUACCCCAACGAAGAACGGUGCACUUACAUCGGGGUAUUUCACGCCUCGUCGCAGCUUUGUCCUGUACCUGUAAAUCCUGUGCGUGCAGUUGAAGCGAUAUUCAAGGAUGACCUGGCGAAAAUUGCGUGGAAGAGUCCAAGACUACUUGGAGGCCUUGGGAAAGGAGCCUGGCAAAAAUGGCUGUACGAGUUGCAAGUUCAAGACCAUUCCACGAGAAACAUCAUUUUCCGCUUGAAUAUCACGGAGACUUCCGCCACUGUCGGCAACCUGCGACCAAAUACGGUGUACUCUGUCAAAGUCCGUGCUUACAGCCGCGGCGGAAAAGGACCAUGGUCUUCAGACUUCAUCGGGAGAACUCUCCAAACAACGAAAACGCCCGGUUAUCCUUACAUGCUCUGGAGCGCCAAUGAAGCUCUUCUAAGGUCAGACAUUGUUGGAGACAACGUGCAGCCUCUUAUUCACUGGAGCACUUUUGAGAAUGCCCACGUCACAGACAUCACGUGGUACCAAGGGCAACUGUUCCUAAACACGAACAUUUCCGUAGUGUAUACCUACAACGUAUCUUCUCGUACCUCACAGUGCUUGCAUAACGUCAGUCAUGCUACAGCCGUUGCUGUCGACUGGUUAGCUCCUAAGCUAUAUUGGUCAAGUCCCAUCAGACAAAUGAUCUUGCGUUCCAACCUGAACGGAACGUAUCCUGAAUCACUACCUUUGCUGACGCUGGCGCAAGAGAUCGCUGUCGACGCCCCAGCAGGAUUCCUGUAUUGGGCAACCACUCACAGCGUGGAGUGCGCCAGACUAAACGGCGAAGAUAGGCAGGCAUUUUUCCAAGCUGGACUCUUCUCUGGAAAGCAAGUGAUGGGACUAACACUGGAUCUGACGCACAAGAAGGUCUACUGGAUGGUGCGAAGUUACCAAGGGUCCAACCUUUUCAAAGCUUCACUAAGAACCCAUGGAAACUAUAUCAACAGUCCUACCGAGGAGCUCAUCGGGCCUCUUCCGGAAUCAGAUAUGAAGGGUCCUAUAUGGUACUUCAGCAACCGACUGUACUGGAUUCAUCAGCAGAAAGAAGCCAGCAUCUCUAACAUGUUGGGACAAAAUGUAGCCACGUUGAAAGGCAGUGGGUUACACGGCCUCAGAGCACUAGCUAUUGUGGAUCCUUCUUUGCAUCCCUAUCCAGGUGGAUUGGAACCGUCCUCCAUAAAUGUCGUACCAGGCUUGAUUCCUGCUGGUGGAAUAAAAGUCCUCGGCACAUGGGAGAAUUUCAACAUAACGUGGCCGAUGGAGAGCCAGGUCAAUUACGGAAAAGUGUUUUACGAACUGAAGAUCACCGACGGCAAAGGAGGAACAUACACAAAGGUGACGAAUGAGAAUGUAUUCGUUUACCCACUGACUCAUCAUUUACAACCAUACACUCUACUGGAAGUGGCCGUACGCGCCUACACAUACUGGGCAUCUUCGCGGCCGACCACAGCGAUAAUCUUCUCGCCAAUGUCCGUUCCCACAGCUCCACUCCAGCCCAGAGUGUUCUCAAGCCACAGAACAUCGCCUUUCGAGUCAGAGAUAGUUGUGAGAGCCGAGUUCCGAUGGGCUCCACCAAAGCACCCCAACGGAAUCAUAAGUGGCUAUCGCAUCGACUGCUGGUACUUCAGGGGACAACAGAAGGUCGUGCCUUACAGGAACGUCAAAGUUGGAGGAAGCAGCCUGUCGUACCACUUCAAGGAGCUUCUCCCGAAUACAACAUACUACUUCCAAGUCGGUGCUGCAACUGAAACGGGAGAAGGACCAAUGAGCGACGUGGUCCACUUGAGCACUUCGGAAGAGCGUCCGGUCCCACGACUGCUUCUCGCCAAGACGGACGCCGUGAAACUUUCGGACGUUGACUGCCACGAGGAGAUGUUGCUUUCCAGCAAGGCCAGUCAUCCCGUAGCGGUCGCAUACCUGGCACAAGACGAGCGUGUUUUCUGGCUCGAAGAAAAAGGUCUGCUCGUUUCCUCUGGACUGGACGGCUCCAACAUCACCGUGAUUCACAGCCUCCCGUUUAGUGGAACCAGUCUCUCAGUCGAUUGGGUCGGUCGAUACCUCUAUUGGACGGAAACUGACCGGUCAACAAAGCAAAGCUCCAUCGUAAGGAUGGACCUUAAUCAAGGCUACAGAUUGAGCAGCGUACUCAACAGUAGCUCUCCCAUUACGUCAGUGGAGGUGGAUCCGUUUUCUAGCUCACUUCUGUACACGUACACGACGUCCCACGGCUUCGUGACGUUGAUGACUUCCGGCACGGACGGGUCCUACCCCAGGGCGUUCUUCGCUCGCCGCUCACCUUCUGGUGGGGUGUCGUACCACAGACGCAACAGAAGGGACCAUCAACGAAGUCAACCGUGUGACUGCGAUCCACACGCAACUGUCGGUAAUACGGUCACUUUGGAUCGCUCCGAUAAGGCCCGUCCCCGUGUGUUGUGGGUGGACGGGGAGUUCGGUCACAUCUGGUCAGCGGACUUGGACGGCUGUUACUGCUCGCUCAUCGUCAACGCGACAGAUACGCAAAAUGCAGGGCUCCCUCCGGCAUCGUUAACAGCCGACACUUCCCACGUCUACUGGUCCAACUUUUCCACUGGAAAGAUUUACAGCGUAGACAAGGCUACGUACGGGAUUAUAACGGACGUUUCCUCUGGGAGACCUCUCGUAGCGGCCCACCACAAACGUCGGGUAACGUCGGAAGAUGUCCAUGGCAUACGAGGCAUACGGGCCAUCGGAGAACAUCUGCAGCCAUACCCCGAUGCUGUUUGCCUACUACCACCAGAGGCGGUGGAACUGCCAAGUUUAAAACGUGCUUCUUCCCGAGAACUUGUCAUACAACUUGCGGAACCGAAACGGCCUGCAGUCUGCAGCAAAAUAUCCAGGGCUUCGAUUAGGUAUACCCUUUUCUACGGACCGAUCUCCCCAGGAAACACGUGGCAGUGCAAAGUGGAUAUGAGCGGCUGCAGUACUCUGGUAACUUACAACACGACGGUAGCACUUCGGAACCUUCAGCCGUUUACCAACUACAGCGUGAUGGUCGCCAUGAGCAAUUUCUACAGUAUUGGAAUGUCUCCACCUGGACAGCCUGCUGUCUUCAUGACCCACGAAGGAGUUCCAAGUCAACCGACAAACGUCGCUGUUGAGGUGGUCUCCCCGACAACGAUUUACGUCCAAUGGGGCCCUCCAGAAACACCAAACGGACACCCUAUUUCUUACGAGGUCCGUUGGUGUCAACACGGUUUCUGGACCAGCUGGCAUUCCAUGUCGCACACACCACGCGAGGAGCACACGGAUGAAUACCUUUUGUCUCUCCGACACAUGACACCAGGCACAGAGUACCAGGUCUUGGUGAGAGCAUAUUCCAAGGGCGGCGAUAAGCACAGUGACAGUGAACCCGUGACAGUGGCCAUGCACAAUCUGCCAGCAAACUUGACCAUGUCCAGGGUUACGUCCCACGACAUGGACGUCACGUGGACUGCUCCAGGAACUCCAAGCGUUGUAAGCCAUUGCCUGGAGCAUCAAAAAGCUGGAGAUUCCUUGUGGCAACAGCUGACCACCGAGCCCACGGUCCCCAACCGGACCUACAUAUUUCCUCUUCGCAAGCUCCUUCCCAAGACCGACUACAACUUACGGAUGAGGCUUACGUACAGAAGUUCCGUCAACAAGACCUUCGCUUGGCCGCAAGUGGGACACUUCACGUUUCAUACGCUGGGAGACAGGCCAGACAAAACGAAAAGUCCGAGUAUCAUCAACCUAGGGCGGGAUAUCUACCAAGUGGAGUGGGAAGAAGUACAACGAAAUGGCGGCGAGUACUUGGUCUACAUGCUACAAGUGAAAACGGUCAACACCGUAUCCGACAACUCAGAGGACGGCAAGGCUCAAAGCGUGCGGAAAGAGUCAGAUUGGCUCACAGCGUACAACAGCACCAACAACUACUGGAUCAUCCGCAACCUGGAGCCUCAUAGCCAGUAUAUCUUUCGGGUGCAAGCCAUGAAUGAGUACGGUGCAGGAAACUUCAGCGACCCUAGUGAACUCUUUGUACUUCCCGAUCCAGGAGCUAUCAUAGAUGCCGAGCGCGAUCCAGUGCGUGGCGUGAUCAUGUUCAUUGUACUUGGCAUCCUGCUCUUUGUCAGCGUAGCCCUGAUUUCACUUUACUUGGUUCACAAGAGGAGAGAAAACGACAAGAAAAGCCUGCAGGCAAACGUCCAGGACAUCCGAGCCGACCUGGAACUAGCAACGUUGAGUGAACUACCCCACCACGGAAACUUCAUACAGCAGAACAAUGCUCUGUAUGCUCUUGGGGACAUACCUUCCGACGAGAUCCUCGCGUCGCUGCCGUUGAUCGAAAGGGACCAGAUUAUUCUAACGAAGUUUCUCGGAAGUGGUGCGUUUGGAGAAGUGUUUGAGGGAAUCGCGCAUGACUUGGGAGGGGAGGGACAACCUCCAACAAAAGUGGCUGUCAAGACCCUUCGUAAAGGUGCGACAGACCAGGAGAAGGCAGAGUUUCUUAAGGAAGCCAAACUCAUGAGUAACUUCAAGCACGAGCACAUCUUGAGACUACUCGGAAUUUCCUUGGACACCAGUCUUCACUUUAUCAUCUUAGAGCUGAUGGAAGGUGGUGACCUAUUGUCCUAUCUACGCAACAACAGGCCUACAAUGACCGAACCCAGCUCAUUGACACUUGGCGACCUACUCAGUAUUUGUGUUGAUGUCGCAACGGGAUGCAGAUAUCUCGAGGACAUGCAUUUUGUACACAGAGACCUGGCAGCCAGGAACUGUUUGGUGUCGAGUACCGAUCCGGCAACUCGUAUUGUGAAGAUCGGCGAUUUCGGUUUGGCUAGGGACAUUUAUAAGCACGAUUACUAUCGCAAGGAAGGAGAAGGACUGCUUCCAGUGCGAUGGAUGGCUCCAGAGUCCCUGGUGGACGGUGUCUUCACAAAUCACUCCGACGUCUGGGCGUUUGGAGUUCUGCUGUGGGAAGUGAUGACCUUAGGGCAGCAGCCGUAUCCUGCUAGAACGAACCUCGAAGUCCUGCAUUACGUGCGGGAGGGUGGCCGUUUGGACAACCCGGAGUGCUGCCCAGAUGACCUGCACGACCUCAUGCUCAGAUGUUGGGCGUACAAUCCAGAGGAGCGACCAGACUUCGCCUUCUGCUUAGAUACGCUGCAGAAUUUGCGGCAGAAGUAUAUUUCGCUCACGAAUCUCAUGACUGCUGUUCACAAUCACAACUACAUCGGACACACAUUCACAGGUGGAAUUGACAAUUUAGGUUACCAAGGAGAGCAUUAUCCGCGACCCUUGCCAUCACCACGGCCAGGCACUAGCAAGGAUUGCAACGCACCUGAACAGAACUCCUUGCUGUCAUCGCAAGAGGGCGAUAGCUUACGGAGCUGCACCGGCUCUACGACUACGGCGGACCAGCUUUGUGACCCGCUUCGCAACACGCGAAACCAAGCCUUAUCCGCCAUAAUCCAGCGACCUCUCUUACCGUCUUAUCAGGGCCGUAAUACCAGGAGCCCUCAGAACACCAACAACUCAUCCAGAUACCUCCAACUCUUGUGCGACGGCGAGGCAGCAGUCGACGCCGACGGCUACGAAGUGCCACUACCUCUUCCACCACCUCACAUUCAACAGCAACAUUCCUUACUUUACCCCGAACCAACAAACGAAUCCUCGAGAGAGACCUAUCACCCUGACUCCGACGGCGCGGAUCGCCGCUCGGACUUGAUCGGGUCUGCCAAGCUGGACGCGGCGAACGACGGGAGGCUGUCUCCUACGGUGACGUCCGCGUUGCUCAAGUCACAGCCUGUGCUUGAGAUAGUGGACAAGUACGAUCCCAUACAGACUCUAAAGGAGAUAUUUUCUCGCGGUGGCCACAAGGGUAAACCCGUGGACGGGUGGUCUAUGUCUACCUCAUCCACAGCUCCCUGUACGCCGUGUACCAGUGGCGAAGACUCAGACCCGAGCAGUCAUCGAAAUAGCGGGAUUUCCUCGCUUUCUGCCGUGUCGGGGACGGACUUGGAUUGUGCGCCCAAGGUGUCGUGGUGUUGAGAGGAGCGGAACGCUUAUUGCGCAAAAGUGUACAGGAGUGUGUGUGUGUGUGAAAUGUAAAUUGUCUCUGACAGUUCUAGAAAGUGUGCGGGACUCUUGGAAAGUUGAGUGAGCGUUGCACAAUGCCAAAACUUGUGUGCCAUCAUUCUGAAAUGGUGGUACCGCGCGUGCCUUAAACGGCAGUGUACAAGCACAGAAUACAGUGUGCACUGUAUAGGAGAGAUAUCUUGCCUGAUGAACUUGCCAAGGUGCCUUUGAGCUGUAUUUAUGGUAAAUAUUUUUUAUCGUAUUGUGUUAAGAAAUAAUAAAAUCUAUAGAAUUUUUUUUAAAACUUA